CUGAUUAAUAUUUUAUUGUCCUUAGUAGAUUUAUGCUUAGUACAAGUAUACGAAUUCCUUUGUACUUGAACAAAGCAUUUGGAAUGAAUAAUUCCCUUCAUUCACCAAGUAUCAACCGAGUAUUCUUCGAGCACUGUGCAUACAGUUUUAUGGAAAUUUAUUAGAUUUUUCGCAGCAAUCGAAAUUUUUGUAAUUCAGCAAUGCUUCCAGACCUCUAAAUAACUUUCAUGUUAAUGUUUUUUUAUCAUAACGCACAUUUUUUAUGUCAAUAGUAAUGUAAGCAACAAUAACCUUAGUGCGUAGCGUUGAACAGAAUUGCGUAGAACAUAGUAAUAGUUUAAAUUUAUUUGUAAUUAAGCUCCAACUACGACUUUGGAAUAAAAUGAUUUGGUAUAUUUUUUAGGAACUAGAAAAUGGCUGAUGAAGAGGAAGAGAAAGAGUACAGAUGGGAGACCGGUUACGAAAAGACAUGGGAAGCGAUCAAGGAAGACGAUCAUGGCUUGUUGGAAGCAUCCGUUGCAGAUAUCAUUCACAAUGCCAAAAGAAAACGGCAGAUGGAAAAAAAAGUUGGUGCCAGAUUAGGAAUGAUGAGGCACAUAUACAUUGUUCUUGAUGCAUCUGAAUCAAUGUCUCAUCAAGACUUGAAACCAACAAGGUUUCUGUGUUCCUUGAAGGUACCCACCAAUAUAGAUAAUAACAUAAUGAUGUUCCUAACUAUAACAUUAAUGAAUAUAAUUUUGGUUCAAGAUNAAAUCCUUUCUUCUUAGGAAGUACAAAGUUUGCAUCAAAUUUCACCAUCUGGCGAACCUUCGUUACAAAAUUCCAUAGAGUUAGCAAUGAAAUCCUUGCGUCUUCUACCAUCCCAUGCUAGCAGAGAAAUACUUGUAGUCGUAGGAGCACUUACAACGUGUGAUCCUGGAGAUAUCAAUGAAACCAUACAAAGUUUAAGAUCGGAUUGCGUCAGAUGCAGUGUGAUAGGAUUGGCUGCCGAAUUAUAUAUUUGUAAAAGAAUGGCCACAGCAACUGGUGGCGAGCACGGUGUUGCUUUAGACGAUAAGCACUUCAAGGAACAAUUAAACAUGCACAUAGAUCCACCUCCAGCUGCUAGCAGGCUAGACGCUGCCCUAGUGAAAAUGGGUUUCCCUCAUCACGCGUUGCAUUCCACAGCAAAUGAUUCUACAAUGGCAGUCUGCAUGUGUCAUGCAGAAAACUCGGACGAAUCUGUUAAACUUCUAGGCACGGGUUAUCUUUGCCCUCAGUGUCUCAGUAAACAUUGCGAGCUUCCCGUGGAGUGCAGAGCUUGUGGAUUAACUCUUGUAUCUGCUCCGCAUCUGGCUCGUUCUUAUCACUAUUUAUUUCCCGUUGAGCCUUUCAACGAAGUCGGCUACAGCGGGAUUCCAUCGUCUUGUUACGGUUGCCAAAGAACUUUAUCCCAGAAAGACAAAAAGGCUUGGAACCUGAGGAUUUCGAACGGUAACGUCGCCGCUUUAAAAUCAUGGUGGGAGGUGAUUGAGGUUUAUUAGAUAGCGGACAGGUGGA